AUGGCUACAAUUCACAGUCUCCCCGUCGAUCUGAUCCUCUUGAUCGCUCACAACCUCUCCCUGAAAUGCCUCCUCUCAUUAUACCGCACCUCCCGCCAUAUCCACAAGCUCCUCGCCCCCACGAUCCAGGACAUCGCCCUUGAGGACAAGAACGGCGUCUGCGCCCUCCUCUGGGCCGCCCUCUACGGCCACGAACCCCUCGUCCGCCUCGUCCUCGACAAAGGCGCCGCCUCAAUCGACAUCCAAUCCGGCUCCCGCGGCACCGCGCUCCACCGUGCCGCCGGCAGCGGCCACGAAGGCGUCGUCCGCACCCUCAUCGAAAAGGGCAUCGACGUCAACAUCGUCGAGUCCGUUGGCUCCACUACAGCACUCCACUGGGCCGCCCUCAAGGGCCACGAGGAGACCGUCCGCGUACUCAUCGAGUCCGGCGCAGACGUCACGCUCCAGGACGCAGGACAGGAGACGGCCCUCCACUGGGCGGCGAGGAGCCGCCAGGUCGCCGUGCUGAAGAUGUUGGUAGAUGCAGGAGCAGACAUCACGGCCAUGGACGAAGAUGGCAACACCCCGCUGCACCGCGCGGUGUGUGCGGGGUCGCGGCUGGCGGGGCCCGGCGAGGCGGUGGGCGUGCUGCUGGAGUGGGGCGCCGACAUCGAGGCGAAGGAUGAGCGCGGGCGAACGCCGCUGGCGUGCGCGGCGGAGGGUGCGAAUGAGGGGCUCGUCAAGAUGCUGUUGGAGAAGGGUGCGGAUAUCAAUACGAAGGACAAUGCCGGGCAGCAGGUGCUGCAUCGCGCGGCGUGCGGCGGGAAUGCGACGGUGCUGAAGCUGCUGGUGGAGAAGGGGGCGGAUGGGAGUGUCAUGGAUGGGUGUGGGGUCAAGCCGAUUGAGGUGGCGAAGGAUGAGGAGGUGAAGGUGUUGAUGGCGAGUUUGGGGUUGGGGGAGUAG